GUCGAUACUGCCAGUGGAUUCGGUGGAACAGCACCAACUUUGGCACGGAGACCGUCAGGUUUAGUGUCAAGGACGGCAGCGGUUCAUGCCGGGAUGCUUCGACUCCUUUGUCAGUCAGCCUUCAAGGCAUUGCAGCAACUUGCCAAGCCCCGCGUAUGGUCAACAACACCGUCGCUGGCUGCGCAGCUGAGAAUCAAUCAAACGACUGCCUGUGGUCGUUUGAGAUUCCCCGACCUGGCACGCAAGCGUUCCACUGUGCGGCGAGCUCUCCUCCGGAAGCACCAACACCACCAGCCUCAUUGCCUCCAAGUCCAGCGCCGUCCUCGUCACGGCCGCCAAGCCCUCGGCCCCCAUCCCCACGGCCUCCAAAGCCAAUGCCGCCAUCCCCACGCCCUCCAAGGCCGUCCCCUCCACCUGUGCCACCCACCCUGGCACCCCCCUCUCCAGCGCCCAGCCCGCUCCCGCCCUCGCCUGCGCCGCCAAGCCCGGCACCGCCCUCGCCGGCACCCAGCCCGGCUCCGCCCUCGCCUGCGCCGCCCAGCCCGGCACCGCCCUCGCCGGCACCCAGCCCGGCUCCGCCCUCGCCUGCGCCGCCCAGCCCGGCACCGCCCUCGCCGGCACCCAGCCCGCUGCCGCCCUCGCCUGCACCGCCCAGCCCGGCACCGCCCUCGCCGGCGCCCAGCCCGCUGCCGCCCUCGCCUGCACCGCCCAGCCCGGCACCGCCCUCGCCAGCACCCAGCCCGCUGCCGCCCUCGCCUGCACCGCCCAGCCCGGCACCGCCCUCGCCGGCGCCCAGCCCGGUGCCGCCCUCGCCUGCGCCUCCCAGCCCGGCACCGCCCUCGCCGGCGCCCAGCCCGGCACCACCCUCGCCGGCACCCAGCCCGCUGCCGCCCUCGCCUGCACCGCCCAGCCCGGCACCGCCCUCGCCGGCGCCCAGCCCGGCACCGCCCUCGCCUGCACCGCCCAGCCCGGCACCGCCCUCGCCGGCACCCAGCCCGGCUCCGCCCUCGCCUGAACCGCCCUCGCCUGCACCGCCCAGCCCGGCACCGCCCCCGCCGGCGCCCAGCCCGGCACCCUCGCCUGCACCGCCCAGCCCGGCACCGCCCUCGCCGGCACCCAGCCCGCUGCCGCCUUCGCCUGCACCGCCCAGCCCGGCACCGCCCUCGCCGGCGCCCAGCCCGCUGCCGCCCUCGCCUGCACCGCCCAGCCCGGCACCGCCCUCGCCGGCACCCAGCCCGGCUCCGCCCUCACCUGCACCGCCCAGCCCGGCACCGUCCUCGCCUGCACCCCCUAGCACGGCACCGUCCUCGCCGGCUACCAGCCCGCUGCCGCCCUCGCCUGUGCCGCCCAGCCCGGCACCGCCCUCGCCGGCGCCCAGCCAGCUGCCGCCCUCGCUUGCACCGCCCAGCCCGGCACCGCCCUCGCCUGCACCCAGCCCGCUGCCGCCCUCGCCAGCACCGCCCAGCCCGGUACCGCCCUCGCCGGCACCCAGCCCGCUGCCGCCCUCGCCUGCACCGCCCAGCCCGGCACCGCCCUCGCCGGCACCCAGCCCGCUGCCGCCCUCGCCUGCACCGCCCAGCCCGGCACCGCCCUCGCCGGCACCCAGCCCGGUGCCGCCCUCACCUGCACCGCCCAGCCCGGCAUCGCCCUCGCCGGCACCCAGCCCGGUGCCGCCCUCACCUGCACCGCCCAGCCCAGCACCGCCCUCACCGGCACCCAGCCCGCUGCCGCCCUCGCCUGCACCGCCCAGCCCGGCACCGCCCUCGCCGGCACCCAGCCCGCUGCCGCCCUCGCUUGCACCGCCCAGCCCGGCACCGCCAUCUCCUGUCCCUCCUAGCCCGCCGUGUUUGUACGGGGAUGCUGGCAACGACAGUACAUUGCAGCUUGGCGACCCCACGAAUGGCAUCGAGACAUGCACGGAUCAGGCCAGCUGCAUCGAUGUGUAUGUGGAUGGCCGGACAUGCUUCUCACUCGGGGACGACGACAGCAGCAGCAAUGGAGACGGCGCAUGGCUGUACUGCCCAGUUUGCUUGUACUGGAGCAACAGUCGUGCCAGCUGCGUCAAGCCUACCCAAGAUACCGUCAGCCAUGUGUGCAUGGGCGACCGUUUCUUCCCAGUAAUGCCAAGCCCCGAGAACCCGCCGACGGCUGGCGAUACACAGCAAAUGAA